AUGUCCUGCCAGCAGAACCAGCAGCAGUGCCAGUCUCCGCCCAAGUGCCCCUCACCCAAAUGCCCCCCAAAGAGCUCAGCACAGUGUCUGCCUCCAGCCUCCUCCUGCUGUGCUCCAAGCCCUGGGGGCUGCGGUGGCCCCAGCUCUGAGGGCGGCUGCUGCCUGAGCCACCACAGGCAUGGUAGGUCCCACCGAUGCCGGCGCCAGAGCUCCAACUCCUGUGACAGGGGUUGUGGUCGGCAAGAUGGUGCCUCCAGCUGUGGCUAUGGCUCUGGAGGCUGCUGCUGA